AUGAAAGUCUGUCUCUUCGCUUUGGGGCUUGCCCUCUGCUGCGCCGUCCAGGCAGAUGACUCGACACCAUUCGAGAAUGCCGAGCUUAGCAGGUUGACAGGACCGUGGUACAGUAUAGCCAUGGCAACCAAUUGCCCGAAGUUGAGGGAAAUGUCCCGCCAUAUGCCCAUAAUCCCUGCCGUGCUUCAUUCAGUGACAAAGGAUGAAUUCAGAAUGAAGAUCAACCUGCGCAUGCCACAAGGGUGCAAGGAAAUAAAUCCUGUCAUCAGGAAAGAAGAUGGAGUAUACACCACUACAUGUGAGCGAGGUGGUAAAAAAAUUAUGGAUAAGAUACAAACCGAUUAUUCAACACAAGCCUCAAUCAGCAUGAAGAUGACUUCCGACGGAACAAACUUCUGUGUCGUGGUCACGUGUAUGAGCAAGGACCUUCCCGUGAGAGAGGACUUCAUGAGCAAGUGCAGAUCCUUUGUCAAGGAAGUGGGCCUGAACGAGGCAGACCUGCAGGAACUGCGCAAAGAGGGUGUCCAAAGCGGAGGCCUCGAAGCUGCAGGGAGUGGCGGCUGGGUGCGCUUUGAGCUUGGCUAA